CAAUUCAGUUUCAAAUCUAGUUUGAAGCUAGUAAGAUCGAAAUUAUCACAGCACUGGGAAAACGCUAGCUCAAUUUUCAACCAGUUGAUCAAAGCAAUAUGCCUUUAACAACUCAAGACUCGAUUGAUGAAAGAAAAUCUGCAAACCAAACCAAGAAACCAGUUAUAGCCAAUUCAAAAUCAAAAAUUUCGACGAUUAUGAAACCAGACCUAGUUACGAUUACUGACAAAAGCGGUGUGCUAGACAAGAUUAAAAACUCUCUUGGAAAACCAUACCCAUCUUAUCCAUACAAAGUGCAAAAGAUGGAUAAUGUUGGUAAAAAGAAGCCAAGUUCGCCGAGAAUGCUCAAAAAGGCAGGCAACGCAGAGGAAACCAAGGAUAAUAUCGAUCAGGAUGUUUCUACUCUAAGAAAUACUGAAGAAGAACCAAAACCAAGGAAUAAAGAUGAUUUCACUUUACAGAAUAGCUAUGAUACUGCAACUCAAAAUGAUAACUUAUCUAUAUGGCAUAGUGUUCAAGGACAGGUAACACUAUACUUGGACUCUGAGCCAAGUGUUUAUGAACGACCCAGCGGUCAAAGUUUGGCUGAAUAUCUUUAUUUGGAGAAACAAACUGAAGAUGCAUCAUUUAACUGGAAGGAUUUUAACGCUAUGAAACUGGCAGGACCCGACGACAAUGGAUCUUUUCAGCAGACCGAGUUAAUAAGAUAUGGCACUAAAACCGUCAGAUGCCAAGAAACAUCGACCAAUGAUCUCUUUAAAUUUAAAAAACUAUCUGCCUUCAGUGCAAUCAUUUUGCAAAAGUGUCUUGAAUUGGAACAAACUCAAUUGAAUGCCGCAGGAUCUACAGGAUCUAGUUGCCAAAUUGUCAGCUUAGCUAAGGAGCCUUCCCCGAAGAGUACCAUACAAAAGUCUCAGGACUAUUUCAACAAAAUUUUGCUACACUAUGAAAACAAAGGCAAUCCAAAGGACUGGAUACCCACUCAGUACCCAACUAUAUCAAAAGAGCAUGCCCAGGAUACCAUACAGAAUAAUUCCGUUAAAAUUUUUGGUAUCUAUAAAGACAAAGUCAAGUCAGAGGACUGUUUUCCCACUCGAGAGCCAAACCCAAAUUCAAUGGUGUUUUGGAUUAUUCCCAUUAGUUUUAUAAUCAUUGGCCUUGUAAUAUUAAUUGUGGGAAUUAUAUAUAUAUAUAAUUAUACUCCUGUGCCGCCACCGAAGUCCAUCUGGCAAAAGCUGAUCAACUUUUUAGAAAAUCUCUGGAGUUUGUAUUAAGAGUUUUGCAGUUUUAAUUUUUACAAACUCAAUUAUAUAUUUUUUAAUUGAAAUUAAAUAUAUUUUUAAACGGAAUUAAAGCUUAUUUUAUUAUGA